AUGAACUCGACCCUAGAUGAGGGCGAGAACACUCUUCGCGAUGAAGGCGAAGACGAGCCGAGAUAUGACUUGGGGCAGGACGCUACCGGCCAUCCAGACAAAGACGUGCCGGAGCUCGAACCCCUGACAAAUGAAGAAUUGGACGCGACACCUUCCGCCGUUCAAACAGAGCAGACUGACGGAAUCCAAGACGGCCACAACAGUAGUGACCAGGGUCAGAAUGAGGCGGACACGGAAACCGGUAGCGUCGAUGGCGUCGUCCCGUCCAGUCGCGGAGACAAUGUCUUCCUCAAUGACCAACUCCCCUCGGCUCACGACGACACUGCUUCUAUUCAGGACUCGGUGCUUUCUUCUCCUCGGAGUGGGACGCCUUCACUCCGUAGUCCAGCUCGGAGAGGGAGUCCUUCGAAUGUGCACCGCCCCUUCGAUGCCCGGUUUCAAUCGCGCCUUUCCAGCGCCCACCUCUCGCAAUUGAGGUCAAACUCUCCCGCAUUUCUCGGCACCCACUCUCGUCAAUCGUCCGUAGCGAGUUUCGGACUGCACACGCCUUCCGAGCCAGAUGAAUCCACGAGUCCGUGGGAUGUUAUAAGGUGGAGCAAGUUCAAAAGGAUAACAACUCAGGCUUUCUCUGAGGUCGGAAGGAGGAAUUUUGGCAGUCCAACCUGUUUGGCGGUUGCCGAUCAGCUGGUCAUCGGCACAUCCAAAGGGCUCGUGCUUGUGUUCGACCACCACCAGAACCACAAGGCGAUCAUCGGGAGUGGCACCAAGGCGGCGGAGAGCGGUGCAGUCUCGUCUCUUGCCAUAUCCGCGGACCACACCACCAUUGCUGUUGGUCAUGUCACCGGCCAUAUUUUUACGUGGGAGUUAGCCAGACCCAGUAGGCCAUUUCUCCAUGUUCAGCCAAUCGAUGUUUCCCAUGCACAGGCGAGACGCGCAGAUGGACACAUAACCGGAAGCGCCGUGCUUCAUGUCGGGUUCCUUGGCUACCGCCACACCGCCCUGGUCUCUGCCGACGACAAAGGCCUGGCGUUUUCGCAUCUGGCCACCCGUGGCAUGGGGGCUGUGAGUCGUGUGGUCCGGACGACUCGAAUUCUGGGACGAUAUCCCGAAGUCGUUUCGCGCACCUCCAAGCCUCAAAAGAAAAGCUCAGUGCUCGCCUUCUCGCCGUUGCCUUUGGGGAACAUAGAGCAAAGAACGGACGGACUGGGAUUGGUGGCAAUGUUGACACCGUAUCUGUUGGUCAUCGUGUCUACCACGCCAGUGGCCCAGACUCAGCAUAAAGCCGCCCGGCCAAAGGAGGUUGCAGCGCACAGUGCCAUGACCGCAGCGCUGGCAUGGUUUCCGGCGAUCAAGUUGAAGACUCAGGGGUCUGAAGUUUUCAAGACCAAACUUGUGUAUGCGUGGUCGAACAUUCUUACUGUGCUCGAGGUUCAUGAAGCACCAGUUGAAGACGAAGCCGAUAAGGGCACGCCCCCCGAGCUGCAGUUCCUGGCACGUAGCCGUUAUGAAGCCGAUGAAUCAAUUGUUGCUGUGCAAUGGCUGAACAGGUCGAUUAUCGCGGUCUUGACCAUCACACAACAACUCCUUAUCAUCGAAGAUCUCACGAUGCACGUCACGGACGCUUUCGACCUGCUCGGAAAGAAUAUAUACCAUGUGGACCUCUACUCGCAACAACUGCGGGCCAUCAUCGAGAGCCUCGAUGAAGAAGACAUAUCCAUGCAUGGGGUGGUGGCCGAUGCAUUCCACAUGAGUUUUCGAGCAUACAAAGGCCGGUUGUUUCUUCUGGGAUUUAACGACAUCUGGACGGGUGCCCUUACCAACUGGGCUGAUCGGCUUCUGGCGUUGAUCAAUGCGGGCGACUUCAUCGGCGCCAUUCGACUGGCCACCAAGUACUACCAGGGCGAAGGAGAGAAGGCGACCAUCGGGCUCCCCGAAGACGACCGUGUGCGGUCUGGUCUGGUUCGGGACAAGCUGUUCGAGAUGAUGACCGCUUCGUUGAAGUAUGCCUUUGGCAAAAAUCAGCAAGCAGGCAAUGAAAUCAUUGAGAAGCCUCAAAUGAUCGAACUGGCUGACGCCUGCAUCAAAGCGUGCCUGGUGACAGAGGAUCUGGAUUUUCUGUUCGAGGACGUGUUCACCUGGUACGAUGAUCACGACCACGGAGGUUUGUUUGUGGAUGUUCUGGAACCCUACAUUCUAGAUCAACGAAUCGUCUCUAUCCCUCCGCCGGCGUUGAAGACCCUGAUCAACCACUUUGUCAUGACCCACACGCCGGCGGCAUUGGAAGAAAUGAUUUGCAUGCUCGACACUUCCACGAUGGACAUCGAUCAAGUGACGAUGUUGUGUAAGAAGUACAACUUGUAUGAUGCGUACAUUUACGUCUGGACAAUGGCACUCCGCGACUUUGUCUCGCCAUUAACUCUCUUGCUUGAUCUUGCCGACACCGAACCAACCUCCCCUGCGCCGGGCAUCAAUUCUAUUGAUAAAUACAGCAUAGCCCAGAAGGUUUUCCCGUACAUCUCUUAUAUCCUCACUGGUCGCGUCUAUCCAACGGAAGCCUACAUGAGUGAUGAAGAGUCUGUCCAAGCAAAGAGUCAAAUCUACGAUUUCUUCUUCUCCGGAACGGAUACCUCCAUGGGAGAGCCAAAGAAGACCGCGAAACUCCCUGGAGCACAAAAGACGGCAGGUUCCUUUGAGAUUCUCACUCGCAUACUGCAUUUUGAUGCCGCAAGCUUUAUUGCUGCCAUGAACGAGGCUUUCGAAGACAGCUUCCUCAACAGCGGCGAUGAUGGCGCCCUCAACAACGGGGGGACAUAUCAAGUCGCGAGCAUCCGGAUGUUUACCCGCCAAUACAUCGUGCGCAUACUGUUGGAAGUCAUGUCCGCCGGUUUCGAGCCAGAAGAUACGAUCUACCUGGAUAUGUUUAUAGCGAGAAAUUUGGCCAAGUACCCUCAGUACCUGGUUCUCUCCGGUACCAUUUUGCAAGACAUCUUUGUCAGGUUGUGUCGAUAUCCUGACGACAGUAUGCAUGAUGACGCCCAAUUGAGUCUGGAAUAUCUCUUGUCGACAUAUCAGCCGCCGAACCUGCUGGGGGUGGUGCCGCUGUUGCAAGAGGCUAGGUUUUACCGCGUCCUCAAGUCUGUCUUCAGGCAAGAAUCCAGGUAUGCCGACUUGAUCCAUACCUAUUUCCUUGAUGACGAGGACCAAGACGGUGUAUUUUCUUCUAUCGUGGGGUGUCUGCGAAAGGGAUCACCAUUGACCGAGCAUCAACGUCAAGAAGUCAGACAGGCCAUCGAGGAGCAUGCCCUUGACCUGGUCAGGAUUGAUGUGCGGAGAACCGCAGCUACCGUGGAUGAAGUGGCACCUGAACUGCUCGACACAUUCAUACGCGUCCUGGCCGAUGAAGCGUUUGAUCAGUACGAAUUCUUGAAAGAGUUACUGGAGCCUGAAAGUCAUCGGCGGGCCAAGCGAGGAUAUAGCAACGAGAUUAUGGAGUUGUAUGUCCGGCUGCUUUGUCAAUUUGACCCUUCACACGUGAAAGAAUAUGUGGAGACUGUGAAGGAGGGCGAUAUCAGGCUUGCAGAAGUAUUGCCGACCAUCGAGGACAGCGGGAUCAUUGAUGCCGUGGUCAUUCUUCAGGCUCGACAAGGGCAGGUCAAAGAAGCUAUGGGACGGUUGGUCCGGCAUCUGUCUUUCUUGGGCUCGACUCUCAAAACCAUCACCUCAGACUAUCCAGACCAAGAGGACAGUGGGUCGAUCAGACAUUCUGGUCAGAACGUACUGGAAGCGAUUGAAAAGUACGCACGAGUGGGAAUCUGGCUGUGUCAAAGUCAAAUGAAGAAUGUUCGCAAAGCGACUGCCGUUGCCAAGUCUCCUCGACGGUCCGGCAGUGCCACUCGCGCGCUGUCUUUUGAGGAGAAUCUCUGGCUCGACCUGAUACUCUCGGUGGUAUCGGUGGCUCGAGAGAUGUCUAUCGGAGGCGGGCAACGUGACGAAGCCAGCCGCGAGCUCAGUGAGUCUUUACGGACCACGAUCCAACAGGUAUUUUCUGCUCUGCUGUCCAGUACCACGUCAAUCCGGGAGGCUUCUGGGGGCCAGGACAUGAUGUUCCUGCGCAUUCUGCGUGCCUUUCUCACCCAUGCAGCGGUGGCAAGCCCGUCACUGUCCGAACUACGCAGUGUCAUCGGGUCCAUCUUUUCGGCCUACGCGUAUGAAGAGUCACUUCUAUCACUAUCCAACUCUAUACUGGACAAGGAUGUGUUUGUACAUCUCCACGAAGCUGCGGCGUUGCGGCAGCGGGGCUGGAGACCCAGAGGACAAUUGUGUGAGGUCUGUCGACGCCGCGUAUGGGGUCCGAGCAUUGGGACACGCGUGUGGGAAGAAUGGCAGAAAAGGGAAGACCUCCGAAGUGUACGUCGACGGCUCUUACAACAAGACGAACUCGCGCAGGAAGACAACGGGGCUCGAGGCAAGGGUAAAGCCGCGGUUGACACGCGUGUGCAGCAGCCUCUGGUUGGAGAUGGGCCAAAUGCAGACAGUCAGUCGACGGAGAGUCUAGGGCCCAUUGUGGUGUUUUCUUGCCGGCAUGUGUAUCAUCAGAAAUGCUUGGGGCCUGGACAUAUUGAGGAAGGCGGCCCUCCGUUGCUGUGUCCGGCGUGUGUAGAUUAG